ACUCCGCCGAAUGGAGGCCUGACCAAAGAGAGUGGAUUGGUCUUCCGACUCGGACAACGCGUGCCUAUACCUAGACCGACGCUCUCCGACAAGAACCUACAAACACAUAGACUCACCACCUAACCGAGAGAACCUGCUUUUACAUUUGAUUCGCAGCGAGACCAUCCGUCAAAUUCAUACCAGACUGUCCAAGUGCACAUCCACCACCAUGGGCUCAAAUUUGCCGUUCGCCGUCGACGCCGAGUCACCGCUCAACCCAGCAGAGCUCCAGGUCCUGCGGGCACAAUAUGAGAAGGAGGGGGAGCUGGUCGGCGUCCAGACAAAGUUCAACUACGCAUGGGGCCUGGUAAAAUCCAACCGCCGCGACGACCAGCAGCUCGGCGUCAUGCUCCUCUCCGAGAUCUUCCGCACCUCGCCCGAGCGCCGCCGCGAGUGCCUCUUCUACCUGGCCCUGGGCAACUUCAAGCUGGGCAACUACGCCGAGGCCCGCCGGUACAACGACCUGCUGCUGCAGAAGGAGCCCGCCAACAUGCAGGCCAACGACCUGAGCGCCCUGAUAGACGACAAGGUGGCCAAGGAGGGCCUGAUGGGCGUCGCGAUCGUCAGUGGCCUCGCCGUCGCCGCCGGGGUCGUCGGCGGGGUGCUGUUUAGGAAUCUCGGGAGGAACAGGUAAAGAAAAGAGAGUGGGUGGGGAUGGAACAUGGCAAGAGAUGAGGCCGGGUGGGAUGUGGGAAUAUAUGGAUAUUGCUGGCUGCCCAUGAGGAGGUGUUGGGGGAGAUUUGGUUGCUCGAAGCGGGGGCUUAUCACGCAUGUGACUUACCUUCGACACGGAUUUUGGUCGAGGCGAGAAGGAAGUUCCAGGAGGCUUGCAUUUCUAUCAUUUUGCUGUCAUGGCUGCCGAGGAAGUCCUCUGCAACAGUCAGAAUACCCUCAACGCUACUCUGAAAUCAUCAUCUCGAGCAACUGUGGACUGCAGGCUGUAGCCUAGGCUGGGCUGGGGAACUGCUAACAUCCUACCACCAUAUUAACCAUGUAUUUUAGCUGACGGUGGGCCUUUGCUUCAUUCGCCUCUGCAAAUAUAAUAUUGUCCAACCUUG